AUGGCGCCGCGCAGACCAAAGGUCGUCACGAUCUCACCACCUAACUGGGCGGAUCCUGCGUAUCUGAAAGAAUUCGAGACCAAGUUCGAGCUUCAUGUCUCUGAAGCUGGCGACAGACCAACUACAGUCAAGAAUCUGGCGGCGAAAGUGGCCUCGGACGGUCCAUUCGAUGCCAUUUGUAUACUCAUGGGUACAAAGCCCUACGAGCCUUUCGACGAAGAAUUGUUGAGGCCCUUAGUCCCUCAGCUGAAGCUCAUGACCUCGGCCAGCGCCGGCUAUAACGAAUUCGAUGUCGACUGGAUGUCCAAGAACGGGAUAACUUUCUGUAACAGUCGGAACGCAGUCAACGAGGCCAGCGCGGACCUUGCUAUCUUCAUGAUGCUGGGCGUCAUCAGAGAUGUCCAGCGACUCCAGACAAGCGUUGCCAAUGGGAACUGGAGAGGAGGUCUUGUUCCCACACGCGACCCAGCAGGGAUGAAGUUGGGUAUUGUCGGAAUGGGUUCGAUCGGCAAACAUGUUGCGCGGAAAGCGAAGGUGUUCAACAUGGAGAUCAUCUACUACCAGCGGACGCGGAUGCUUCCGGAGGACGAGCAGAAAUAUGCCGCCACAUACUGCUCGACGUUGGAUGAGCUGCUCUCAACGGCGGACAUCGUGUCGUUACACUGCCCUCUGAACAAGAAGACAGAGGGCAUGAUAUCGCACAAGGAGUUCUCGAAGAUGAAAGAUGGCGUGUUCUUUAUCAACACAAGUCGAGGUCCGCUCGCGAAUGAGGAAGCACUGAUAGAGGCCCUCGAGUCGGGCAAGAUCUGCAGGGCUGGGCUCGACGUGUUCAAGGGAGAGCCCAAGAUCAAUCCAUACUUCAUCCGCAAUGAUCGUGUGAUCAUGCAGCCGCACAUGGGCGGUAUCACGGACGUUGCUUGGAAUCGCGCGUACCGAGAGGCGCUGGAGAACGUGCGUGCCUUCUUCGAGACAGGCAAAGCCAUUAGUCCGGUCAACGAAUUGGAGGUGAGGGCGCACGCAGGCACGAAUGGUGCUGUGACCAAUGGUGCAACAUAG